CUGAAUGUGAUAGUAGAUAGUGCCUUGAAAUGAUUUUACCCUCUUAUCCUUUUCAGUUUUCGUGUGACUCAAUAAUCAAUACUCUGUUCUACAAGUUCAAGUGCCCAACUUUGCUUAGGCAUUGGAUUUCAGGGAUUCAAAGCGAAAAUGCUUCCUCAGCGCAUGAAGAAAGCAAUCACUGAUAACCCUAAGAAGCUUGCCAACUUGAUUGACCUCAUCAACCUUCCAUCCACGCUCAGAGAAUUCGUGGGUCAGUCUCAGAUUUCUCGCUUGGGCUGUUUCAAGUGCGUUUGGUCCUACAUCAAAACCAAUAAUCUUCAGGUUCCCCGUUGUUUUUUUGUAUAUAAAAAAAUGUUUUUUUUGCUUGUUUGUUUAAGUUACAUUCAAUUUUAUCUUGUUACGAUGUUGGAUUUUGCCAUGCUUUUGAAAUUUUGCAAAAUUUAUGUCAAGGUUACUUGUAAUGACAGAAUGAUAUGAAUUGUUUGUUACUUUGUUUAGUGUUUAUUGAAGAGGGAGCGUAAGAUGUGAGUUUUGAGCCAAGUGUUUUUCUAAACCAUUCAAGGGGUUUUGGUUUGUGACCUUGUAUUGGAUCAGAUUAAGUACUGUGUUCUCUCCUUUGUGGAGAGUAGUAGUGAUGCAAUAAGGUAGGAAGUAGAAAUAGUGAAUGAUUGGAAUGGAACCCUUACACGGUAGUUGAGCAAUUCAAUAUUGAUAUACCAAGGCUAUUUUUUAACAUGUAACGGUAAAUGGAAUGGAUUGGAAUAAAUUAUGGUUCUAUUGGUUGGAUAUUUUUACAAUGAAAUGGGAAAAAAAAAAAGGUGGUAAUCUAUGUCCCCCAAAUUGAAAGGGAAGAGAAGGGUAUUUGAUUGAAUGGAACGGAAUGUAUUCUUUUAUGUUCCAUUCGAUUUCAUCCUAUUUUAAACAUGCAAUUCGUAAACAAUGGAACCUAGUAUUAUUUCAUUUCGCUUUUUACUCCAUUUCAUUAUUUUCCAUUAAUUUAAACAGUAAACAUAGACCUAUAGUUGAUCUUUAGGUGUUAAUUUGGCUAAGAUAUGCUCCCUUGCAGUUCUAAUGAUAUAGUACAACUUAGGAAAAUGUUGUGCACUUGUUGUAUGCAUGGGUUGAGGUAAGACAAAAAAUGACUAGUUUGU